CGUCAAUUUAUGGUGUUUGAGACUGUUGACUAUGAGCUCUUCUGCGGCGGAGAAGCGGCGGCUGGCGCGGGAGCGGCGCAAGGCCCGCAUCCUCGGCAACGAGGGCAAGCGCUUGGACUUGCUCACGGGGGUGGCACACUCCUUGGACACGGCCGAGGAAGCACCCACAACAGCACCGACAACAGCAGUACCAAUAGAAGCAGAAGCGGCAGCUGCAACAGAAGGCAGCGACAAUGGACAAGAACAGGAAGAAGCAACAACACACCCGCAGCAGCAGCAGCAGCAGCAGCAGCAGCAACAACAACAACAACAACAACAACAACAACAACAACACCCGCAACAGGUCAAAGGUGAGAAAGAUGAGAAAGAAAGCGGUGUGGUGCUGGACAGCAGCGACAGAAGACCAACAGAGGAGGGACAACAGAGCACGACAGCCGCAGCCGGUGGGCUGCGCCAGCGUGCGAAGCGAACGCCUCAAGCAGACGCCACGACCCCGAUCAGUGAUGCUUCACGAACACAGCAGCAGCAACCGCAGCAGCAGCAACAACCGCAGAGUAGCGCCACAGGUGCCAGCGGUAGCAAGAAGAAAAGUGGACGUUCGCUCCAGCCAAACUGGCAGCGGCUGCUGCACAACACGCUCCCCUACAUUGCAUUCGUCAUGGCACUCGUCUGCAUCUUGAGCGAGUUCGUUGGGCUCCCGGCAGUGAUUGGGACAGGAGCAGCAUACGGAUACUACACAUUCGCUGGCAUCCUCUUUCUCCAGGGCAUGCUCCAGAACAACGCGGCGGUGGCGCUACGAGCAGUUCAAAGCACGUGCGUGUUCCUGGUGAUUGGAAGUGUUGCGGCCUCCCUCUUCACGGACACGGCGUGACGAUGGCCACGGCGAUGGUGGUGGUGUUGAUGAUGAGUACUGAGACGUGAGGAGGACGCCUUCGUGUCACUCUGCUGAUUCACGCAGUGGUGUUGCUCUUGUUUCGUUGUUCUCCAGUAAAUGAACCGUGCCGCA